AUGACACAAAAUCUUCCUUCAGACGACGCUACGUCGUGUAUCGUCAAUCUUUCCGACUAUGAUACGAAAGGACUCUGCUCCAACUACACCCUGAGGAGGCACAUACACGAGACUGAGGCCAAUGCGGGCUGUUACGAGGCGAGGUCAGAUUGGCUCAAGUACAUUGGGCUAGUCGAGCAGUUCGGUGGUUGCAACCCUGUCAAUGGUAACUUCUCUGCGGUGGUGCUUCCACUUUGCAGGCCAGAACGUCUGCGACUUGUAGCAUACAUCCUCGAAUAUGCUUUCCUCUAUGACAACAUGGUCGAGCUUGUGACAAAUGAAACGCGGCCUACCGAUACAUCAGAGAAUCAAGAAUGGAGUUUCACGAACCCAGCAUUGGGCAAGACUCAGAUACAAGCAAAGAUGAUGACACAGCUCACUGCGAUCGACAAAGCAUGCGCACAGCGAGUGAAGUAUGUAUGGGAAGAGAUGCUUUGUACCACUUUGCGAGACAAAGACCGGCAGUUUACGUCGCUUGAAGACUACGUUGACUUCCGCAUCGUUGAUACAGGCGCACCGUUCGUAGAAGCCAUGCUUCUGUUCGGCAUGGGUAUCAUCCUGACCAAUGAAGAAGAUAAUCAACUCGAAUCGGUACGGAAACCCUGCUACGCAGCUCUAGGCCUAGCGAACGAUUACUUCUCCUUCGAUCGCGAGUACGCCGAAUUUCAAGCAUCUGGCGAGUCACAGACGCUCACAAACUCCGUUUGGCUUCAUAUGAAGUGGCACGACGUGGAUGUUGCGGCUGCAAAGGAGAUGGUCAGACAAGCAACUCAACGCUACGAGGCACAGUUUCUUGACCUGUGCGCCGAGUACCGCCACAACAACAGCCCAUUGGCGGAUCAUGUGGACCGUUACCUACGAGCGUUGGCCUAUCAGGUCAGUGGCAACGUCGUUUGGAGCUUAAAUUGCCCACGAUAUCAUCCACGUUACAGAUAUGAUUCGAACGCAGGCCUUGAGGAUUCGCUUACAGCAGACCGAUUCUUUGGUGGGUUGGGAGAUACGCAUGUACCUAUCGAGGUGCACUCUGCAAGAAACAGCCGUGGCCAUGAAGUUGAACUUACUUCUCUUCCGAGGCACCAAAGACGAGAGUCGACCGAGACGACCACCACGACUGAGAGUGACGAUGGCUCCUCCAUUGACGAUGACAUUUCUACUGCUUCUUCGCGAUCAUCCCGCGCUGCCGACUACGAUCAUGAUCACCGCCAGCGUAAGCAAUGUUCAGAACCGGCCCAGCUAGACGACAGACAUGCUCGAGCGCCCUUCGAAUACAUCACCUCCCUUCCUUCAAAAGGCGUCAGGGAUACCUUCGUUGAUGCUUUGAACGUUUGGCUUGCGGUACCUGAGCCGACAGUGUCACGCAUCAAGUUAUUAGGUAGUCGUCUGCAUUCCGCAUCUCUGAUGCUUGACGACAUCGAAGAUGGCUCUGACCUGCGUCGCAGCCAGCCGGCGACACACAAAGUCUUUGGAACUGCGCAGACAAUUAACUCUGGAUGCUACGAGAUCCUGAAAGCUGUCGGUGAGGCAACGCAGCUUGGUAUCCCAUCAGCAGUCGACAUUACGCUGGAAGCACUGGAGGAGCUGCACAUCGGCCAAAGUUACGAUCUGUACUGGACAAGACACUGCAUCUGCCCCUCGGAGAAGGAGUACCUUGAUAUGAUCGAUAAGAAGACGGGAGGUCUGUUUCGACUGUUAGCACGGCUGAUGCUUGCUGUAACACCGAAGUCUUGUGACAGGCAGCUUGCUGAUAGCAUUGAAACCCUUGUCAGUCUUAUAGGUUCCCAAUUCCAGAUCCGCGACGACUAUCAGAAUCUCCAAUCAGCUGAGUAUGCUGAUCAGAAGGGGUUCUGCGAAGAUCUAGACGAGGGGAAAUUUUCUUUUCCACUAAUUCAUGCUUUGUCGUGCAACGGACGCGAAGGAAGACUCCGCGAGCUGUUGAGGCAACGGCAAACGUCUGAAGGGCUAUCGCACGCGGGCAAAGUUUUGAUAUUAAUAGAGCUCGAGGAGGCGGGAAGUUUGCGGUAUACAAAGAGAGUAUUGCAGCGUACACAAGAGCAGAUUUCCGGACGGUUGGAUAGACUAGAAUGUGACACGGGUUCGGAGAACUGGAUCCUGCGUGCGUUGUUGCAGAAGUUAGAAAUAUAG